CACUCGAUUCCCACGUUAAAUCCAAUAAACACCAGGCCUCUCUGAAAGCAGCACGUGAGUCUCGUGGAAUUGCCCAGUUCUAUCCGGUGGCAGGCACAUCCACAAAUGAUGCUUCAAAUGAUAUACGCGACCUAAUGGGCUCGACACAAACGAUGAAGGCAGAAGUUCUGUGGGCAUUGAACACCGUGGCGAAACACCAGUCGUACAGAGCUAACGACAACAUCGGGGAACUGUUCAAAGUAAUGUUUCCCGACUCGACGAUCGCCAAAACAUUCCAGUGCGGAAGAGACAAGACCGCCUAUAUUAUCCGAUUUGGAGUGGCCGAGUUCGUCAAAAAGGAUCUAAUCGCAAAGGUGUCCGGGCCAUUUGUGAUCAUGUUUGACGAAAGUUUCAACUGUGCAACAAAAAAUAAACAACUGGACCUUCACGUACGGUACUGGGAUGACGGCCAGGUACACUCCAGGUACCUUGGGUCACAGUUCAUGGGCCAUGCCACAGCAAAUGACUUGAUGAAGGAGGUCAAAGUAAGUAGUGUUUUUAUUAGAAUAAUUUAUGUAAGCUGCACAUAACUAUUGCCCACCAUAAUUUAUUUAUAUACUCUGAACAUAUGUCUACCCACCUUUUCUAGCUGUAAAUAACUGCAUUAAAUCUGUAAAUACUAUAUUAAUCUGUACAUACUGCAUUUUAUCUGUACAUAUAUUCAGGGUGUGAUUUGUGGGGGGGGGGUCAUCCCCACCUCUGUUUUUUUUUUCAACCUUACUUCUGCUAAGUAUUUUCAUCCUAGGGGGUGACACGAGGUUUGCUAACUCAUUAACAGCCAUUUAAAAUACAUCAGUGCAUGCCUGUUUGUCUCUCGUACAUUGAUAGGGGCUCUAUUACAUCCCGAUCUCCGGGAAACUGCAAGCAAAAAAGUGCGCUAACGCUAGAAAGUGAUGUGUGCGACUGCGCGCGCGCGCGUGUGUGUGUGAGAGAGCGUCUUGAUUGCUCUGUGUUGUUUAUUAGAGUGAUCAUCUACUUUUUAAAAACAUAGACCUAUCUUUGGCACAUUGGAGUGAUCAGCGUGUAUCUAUGGUCCUGAUCAUUUUGUUACCUCAUGAGCGCAUUGCAGACGUCACAGUGAGAAAAAAAUGACAAUUGAAUUAAUAUUUAUGGCAGUUACAUUUUGUUGGUUGGUUGAUUUAACUUCACUAGUUUCAAAUGUGAUAAAUAUGAAAAGGCUGAUGGUCACAUCAAGUUAAAAAUCGUGUGUUUUCAUGAAUUAAAAAAAAAAAACCAAACAUCCCCCCCUUCUGUUUUUUUGACGAAUCGCACCCUGCAUAUAUUGCACUUUGGCUAUUUGCACUUCUGAUUAGAUGAUUAACUGCAUUCUCUUACCCUGUAUUUAUACAUGUGUAAUUACAUUAUAUUACAUCAGAUUCAACAUUACUGACAAUGACAUAAUAAACAGACACGUUCAGGCUUUUUACAUUAAGGAAGUAAUUUCGAAUGAAUCUGGUGUAGAAUGUAGUGUAUCGUAGGGUAAAUUGUGUUUUUUAAAUAUGCACAUUUGAUUGAUUGGUUGAUUGUUUCCUUCCCUUAGGAAUGUGUGGACCAGCUGGACCUCAGCAAGUUGUUAUCAAUCUCCAUGGAUGGUCCCAAUGUGAACUUCAAAGUCUUUGACCUUUUCCAGUCUGAUUACGCUGACCUCUAUGGGGGUUCUCGGCUCAUUUCUGUUGGAAGCUGUGGGUUACACACCUUGCACAAUGCCUUUAAAACGGGCUUCUCCAUGUGGCAAGUAGACAAGCUUCUUAAGGCCAUUCAUACAUUGUUACACAAUGUGCCAGCAAGGAGGGAAGACUAUGUGAAAACCACCAAGUCUACACUGUUCCCAUUGGCAUUCUGUGGACAUCGAUGGCUUGAAAACCUGCCGGUGGUCGAGAGAGCUUUGGGAAUCUGGUCAUCUCUGCUGGUGUACACAAAUGCUGUGAAGACCAAGCAGCUUCCACAUCCUGGUACUGCAAGUUUUGAUGUGAUUGAAGAUGCCCAGAAAGAUCCCCUGACUGUACCCAAGCUCCAGUUUUUCAGGAGUGUCGCCCAGUUAUUUGAUCCCUUUUUAAGGAAGUACCAGACUGAGGAGCCUGUGAUGCCUUUCCUUGGAAAAGACCUGGCAAAAUUGAUCAAGAGUCUGAUGCAUCGUUUUGUGAAACGAGAGGUCCUGCAGGACAUCACCACAGCCCAGCUUCCCAACCUGGACAUAGCUGAAAAGAAGAACUUGAUGCAGGUGCACUGUGUGGACAUCGGCUUGGGUGCUGAGGCGGCCCUCAAGGGGACACCAUUCUCCAACAGUUCGAUGCUGCGUUGUCUGUGGAGUGUAGGCAUGAAGAUUUCAUCUCCUUCCAGCCAAUGCAAGAGGCUAGACGUAUUCCUUCAUGGCUUCAUCAGCAAGGCAUACCCAGAGCUUUGGGCGUUUUGCCAGAAGCUAUUACUGCUAUCUCAUGGUCAGGCGUCUGUCGAGAGAGGCUUCUCUGUGAACAAAGAGAUCGAAACAGAGAAUAUGCAAGAAGACACAUUAGUCACACACAGGCUUGUUUGCGACUAUGUUGCAAUACAUGGGGGCGUUACCAGGGUUCCACUUACAAACGACUUGCUGAAAUCUGUCAUGGCUGCCAGAUCCAGGUACCGCUUGCAUUUGGACGAACAGAGGAAGAGGAAGGAGGCAGAGACACAAGGGAAGAAAAGGGCACACGCAGAGGAGCACUUACAAGACCUGAAAGUCAAAAGGGACAGUCUGCAUAAAGUCAUUGAGAGCCUUGGCAAAGACGCAGACGCGUUGGCGGAGGAAGCAGAGGGCAAGGCUGGGAGCAAAAUGGCCCAGCUCCUCUCUAAAUCAAAUGCUCUGAGGAGGGCUGCUAAAGACAAACUCUCCCAGCUUAAGAAUCUGGAGACCGAAAUUGCUACCAAAAGUGCAGAGCUAAGAAGCAUGUAGUGCUGCGCACUACACACACACACACACACACACACACACACAC